AUGACGCUACCAAAUCCUGGCGCCUGGCAAGCAAAACUGGAAAAUAACUCACCGGAACUUUACAAGGAAAUAAUGGACGUCAGGAACCACGUACUAACAGACGGGGCCCUGCCGCUGAAGGUUAAAGUAUUGAUGACCAUGCUUUGCGACGCGAUUAUGGCACACCCGGACGGGGUAAAGAACAUUGCCAACCGUGCGCGUGCCGUCGGCGCAACUGAGGAAGAGAUCGCCGAAACGGUUGGCGUGGCCUUUGUUAUGGGUGGAACGGCGGCGCUGACGACGGCCUGCAAUGCCUUCAAGAACUGA